AUUGCUUAUUCGCCCGCCCGCGCGCGCAUCGUUGGAUAAGGAGAGGAAGAAAGUUCUCCUUUCCAGCCAAAAAAAAGUUCAGAAAAAAUCGUCUCGCCAGAAAUAUAGUCUUGGGCUCGGUACGGAAUGUCCCUUCCUCCGCCUCCGACCUUCGCUCCGCUCGUGCAACCUCCGCCAUCAUCGAGGAGGUUUCCGUGGAAGUCUUCGGUGUGUCAAGUUCGACUCGGUCAGGCCCUGCAUGAGGAUUUCCGAACAGAAAAAGCCAUCAGCGUCUCAGCUCUCUUGUACGAUCCCGCCGUCCCACCCCCAAAAAGCCCAUAGAAUCCACGAGAAAACAAAAAACAACCCCAUCGCCCCCUCGACGACUUCUUUCUCCCCUCU